AUGGAUAGACUUUUCUGGAGAACGUCUGCUUACCAAAAAUGCCUUGAUAAGAUCAGAGCCUCGCCUUUUGUGUCAGUGACUGGCAGUGGUGGUAGAGGAAAAUCUUUUCUCAUUCGUCACAUUGCUCUGGAGCUUGCACAAGACGGAUUUGAGAUAAUUCCUGUUUCAUCACUUGAACAGGUCAUCCUGUAUGGAAAACUAAAUUUCAAGCAAUUAUUCAUUGUAGAUGAUGUAUUAGGUGUAUAUGGUCUAGAUAUGAGUCUGUAUAACAGUUUUAGUAGACAUUCUGAAAAUUUGUUAAACUUACUAGAAUCAGGAUCAAAAUUAAUGAUGAGUUGUAGAACAGUUGUGUUUAAUGAGUCGAAACUGCUGAAUAGCUUUGUUACAGAUGACAAUCAUGUCAUUAAUUUAGAUGACAAAGGCAAUGAACUUAAUGAUGAAGACGUGAAAAACAUGUUACAGAAUCACUGUAAAUAUAAAAAUGUAAGGGAAGUAUGCUUUGAAAAGUUAAAGUUACCUAGCAUACUACCAAUGUUCCCCCUGUUGUGUAGGGUAUUCUCAUCCACUGAAAAAUAUCAGGCAAUGGGGAAUAAUUUUUUUCUCUUUCCGUACCAGUGUAUGUUUUCUGACCUAGAUAACAUGCAAGAGCUAAACAAAGUGCAUUAUGCAGGCUUGGUGUACUGUGUAAUUAAGGAUAAUUGUGUCCGUCCUAAAUCCUUUGAUAGGAAUUGUCUAAAAGACGUGUUUGAAUGCUGUAGACUAAACCAGUCAACGUCUAACUCAGAACUUGUACAUGCAAUGCAGGUAUUGAAGGGGUCUUAUCUGAUGCAAGACGCAGAAGGUAGAUAUUUUUUCAUUCAUGAUAAUUUCUUUGAAAUUGUUGCAGUUCACUUCGGAAAACGUUUUCCAGAAUGCCUUAUUAAACAUUGUACCUCCUGCUCUAUUUACAAACUUCUAACAAUUGAAAACACGAUAUUGGAUGUCAAGGACGAUAUGAUCCCUAUCGUUGAGGACCACUUUUUGGCACUGGUAGACCGAAUCCUUUGUGACAUUAAAGAUUUCAAGUUUUAUGAAGUAUUUAGCAGAAUAGGACAUUUCUGGAAAUGCGAAAAAUUUGUUUCAACAUUUUGUGGAACUUUGGAAAAAUUGAACUUUGGUGAAAUUAGGCAAUUAUUAUUUGACGUUCAGAAGUGUGAGCAUGAAGACAAAAGGCAACCAUUUACAGAAGAAGCUAGAAGAUCAAAUGAAUGA